AUGAACAACUUCGGGGUCGUCGAGCUCGCCAGCGCAAAGACAACUUCGGCGCCAGGAUGGGCUUAUGUCCCCGAUAAUACCAUCAGUCGUUCAACAGCACCGACCAACAGGAAACGCGCCAGAAAUGUUCCCGGUCUUACAUACAGCGAUUUGACAGCUCGACAAGAUAACAAGAUCCGAAAGGAAGUCGAGGCCUUGGACAAAGAUGGCGGAAAGGACAAUACGAUACCGUUGCCUGUGAAAAGUGGAAGAGCCCAAGGGAAGCAUACACCUAAUGUUCGAAAGAUUCUACAAUCGCAAAAAACUUUUGGAAACCACCUGGACGAUUUUCUCGCGAUGCAAGCUCUCGCCGAGUCCAACCCUGCAAUCUCUCGCGCAUCCGGCGCAAACAGCAAGCGUCUCUCUGUCAGUCGAAAGGACACCCCUUCAUCCUCCAAACCACCACCAGACGAGGACACGACGAUGACCGACGCAAACCUCCCUCCUCUACUCCCUGAACCGUCGAAAUCCCCGCCAGCGAGUCAUCCGGGUGAUUAUAACCCAUUGCUUGUGUCGCGCGUGCCUGAGAUGCCGUCAGAUGAGGAGCUGCGCAAGCUUCUUGCACACCCUCCUCUCAACUAUGGCGAGGCAACGGGUACUAGAGAUACGAAGUAUCCUGCUAGAUCGUUCUGCGAGGUUUGCGGAUACUGGGGACGAGUGCGCUGUAUGAAAUGCGGAACCAGGGUCUGCGCGCUGGAUUGUUUAGAGGCGCACAAGGAAGAAUGUGUCACACGAUACGGACUGUGA